AUGGAUUCUCAGGAAGCUUCUCUUCAGAAAGCUUCUUGGGUCGGUCUACCUCAAGAUAUCAUCUUCGAGCUUAUGGACCGCCUUUCUCAUGAGGACGGGUUUAAUCUCCAAUUUUCGGACCGAAAACUUAAGGAAAUACCAAAGGUUUAUUUUCAGACUCCUAUCAAUCUACAGACCUGCGAGUAUAUGAUACACAACAAGGACAGCUUGAUACGCAUGAAUCCCAGCGUAAUCAAGAAUGCACCCGGCCGAGUCAAGGAGGGAAAUGGCCCUACGCCACAAGACAAGCGUAACAGGGAACAAGUCUGGAGUAACUUCCUAGGAAGCUUCAAGAAACUCUGCAUAUAUGUGGGCCCGGGUCAAUACGCACACUUUGAACACCAGGAAAUGAUUGAAAAGGUUCUCGGCGAGUUUCGAGGGUUCGAAAGUAUUGAGGUGGUGGGGGACUUACUAGAGGCUGAGAGUAGCAACAAGGCUUUUGAAUAUGCGACGAUACAAGAUGGCUACAAAGCAUUACGCGAAUUGCGCCUGUUAAGGAUCGACAUUGCCUCGCUUGAACGUCUGAGUACCAAGUUUCCAAAUCUGGAAAGGUUGUCUUUUGCUGGGUUAGAAUCGAAUAGUGCAAACGCUCUGGUAGAGAAACUCAAAAAGUUGCCAGGGCUGAAGCACGUUGAUAUAAACGAUGUCCCUCCUAGUUCCAAUCAAGCGAGGUUCACUACUUUUGCAGACCACGCGUUUCAGCAAGGGUACGACGGCCUGGGACUUUCAUAUGAGGCUAAAUAUUACAACAUCCAAAACCAUCAUGAUAUAUGGCCAAGAUUGAAAUACAUUCGUCUCUUCACUGAUUCCGGGAAAACAACGAUGUUAUUGCUCCAAGCAUUGAACAGAAACGGUUUGACGGCUUUAGACCUGACCAUAUACGACUAUUCACCGGAGAUCGAAGAAAUUAGUUCAUUCAAGAGUCUGGAAAAGUUGACACUGCGAAUUCUGCCUUCUACUCCAAUCUCUUUUGACGAUCUUGAGAGGCUGAAGAAACUUCAUCUUCUGCGUGAGCUGGAAGUUGCGUAUUAUGAUAGAAGAUGGAAGACAGGCAUUAGCAUCUUUUACGACUUCCCCCAAAUCGCAGCCAGAGGAAUGAUUAAUGGCAUUGACCUUGACAAAUUUAGAAGAUUUCUUAAUGCAAUGAAAAGCCUGCGAGUGUGGCAAGUCCAAUGGCCCGAGGAAUGGAACGACAAUCCUGAAGUUCUUGAGAUGAUAGUUCGAGAGUCCAAUCUUCUCAAGUUCACUAUAAGGUACCACUCUACUGUUGCCAUGUCCCAAGGAAUCGUCGCGCAGGCAGAUCGGUUUACCGACCAUCCAGACGCUAUGAUCCACUGUGUUCAUAUCGGGAAGUUUAUCCGUCCUGCAAACUGGGUCCCCCGUGUGUAA